UACCUCUUGCAGCAAAAUCUCUUGGAGGCCUUCUGAGGUUUAAAAGAGAAGAGAGAGAAUGGCUAUAUGUCAAGGACAAUGAGAUUUGGAAUUUGCCACAAGAUGAAAACUCUAUCUUACCUGCUCUGAGAUUAAGCUACUUGAACUUGCCAUUAAAAUCAAGGCAGUGUUUUUCUUUUUGUGCUAUUUUCCCUAAAGAUGCUGAGAUUGAAAAGGAUGAACUUGUUCAUCUCUGGAUGGCAAAUGGCUUCGUCUCAUCUGAAGGAACAAUGGCAGUUGAAGAUGUAGCUGAGGAGAUAAUUAGUGAACUAUGCUGGGCAUCAUUUUUUCAAGACAUUGAAAAAGAUGAUCUUGGCAAAGUUAGGGGCUUCAAAAUACAUGAUCUACUUCAUGACCUCGCCCAAUAUGUUAUGGGUGAUUUGUGUUGCAUUGUAAAUGAUGAGAUGCCCAUUGAACAUCCAAAAAGAAUUCGCCAUCUCACGAUGGGGCCAUGUGCUCGGAACCAAAUCAUUUCUGCUUGCACAUUUAGAUCCUUAAGGACAUUUCACUUCCGACAGACAAAUUGUGCUUUGGCUUCAACGAAGAUAUUGGGACCACUUGAAUCUUUGCGAGCAUUUGAUUUGGGGUAUGCAAAUGUAUUAAAUAUGUUGCAUUUACCACUAAUUACUCCCUUCAACCAUCUAAGGUAUCUAAAUCUUAGAGGGACUUCAAUUCAAACACUUCCGGAGUCCACAAGUAGCCUAUGCAAUUUGCAGGUUUUGAAUCUCAGUUAUUGUCAAAGCCUCCGGCGGUUGCCCCGCCAUCUGAAAUACCUAAAAGCUCUUCGACAUCUCUACUUAAGGGGGUGCAGGUCGUUGGUUUACAUGCCUAAUGAGAUUGGCCAGUUGAAUUCUUUGAGAACCUUGAAUAUUUACAUAGUAGGUAAGAAGAAAGGGCUAAGGUUAGAUGAAUUAGCACAAUUAUGCCUCAGAGGGGAACUCCACAUUAAGAACCUGGAAAGAGUAACAAAUGCAGCAGAUGCCAAGGAAGCCAAUUUAAUGGGUAAGCAGCUAGACGUGUUGAAAUUGUCAUGGGGAAGAAAUGAGCAAUCUAAGUUGCUGCAAAAUGUUGAUCAGAUUCUCGAAGCCCUGGAACCUCAUCCAAAGCUCAUAGAUUUAGGGGUGGGAGGAUACCAAGGUAUGUAUUUCCCACAAUGGAUGGGCAAUCCUCACUUGAAGAAUUUGUGUUCCAUAAAACUUGUGGAUUGCUGGUAUAGUCAACAACUCCCCCUACUGGGGAGAUUACCAUCUCUAAAAAUACUUGCAAUAUGUUGUAUGCAUAAUUUGAGAUAUGUUGAUGAUGAAUCUUAUGAUGGGGGAGUAGCCAGAGGAUUCCAGUCUCUAAUGUGUUUGGAAUUGUGUUGCAUGCCAAACUUGGAAGGGUUAUCAAAAGAGGAAGGAGGUGACAUGUUCCCAGGUCUUUCCAAAAUGAAUGUUAUUGCAUGUCCAAGAUUGACAUUCCCUGCCCUUCCAUCUGUUAGAAAAUUAUGUAUAGCAAAAGGACGGAGGAGAUCUGGUCAUGAUUUAUUCUCUAGAGAGAUCUUAUUAUCUCAAUGCCCUUCUACAACAAGGAGCCCCAACCAAGUUCAGAUGGAUUCAAUUCAUAGUCUCAGUUGUCUCGAAAUCCUUGAAAUUCAUGAUGAUCAAGAGUUGGCUUCGUUUCCAAAGGGGACCCUUCAAGGUCUAUGUCGCCUCAGACAACUCCAUAUUCAUCACCAGAGCAAAAUGGAAGUACUUCCACUUGAACUAGCUAACAACGCUGCCCUUCAAGAGUUGCAUAUAAUUGGAUGCCACAACUUGGAGUCAUUAACAGAUCAAGUGUUAACUGGGUUACAGUCGCUCCAAAAACUAAAAAUUUUCAAAUGUGAUAAAUUCAAAGGCUUAUCCACAGGUUUUCAAAGUCUUAGUUCCCUCAAGGAUCUAAUCAUUUCCUUCUGUCCACAAAUGGUAGCAUUAGCAGAAGAUUUACAACACAUGCCCCCCAUGUUGCAAUCAAUAACUCUUCAUGAGCUCAAAAAUCUAGAAUGUUUACCUUAUUGUUGGGGUAGUACCAUGACUCUUCAGUCACUAUACAUAGCCUGUUGCCCCAAGUUGAAGUCUCUUCCAAUAAGCGUUGGAUGGUUCAAUGGUCUAAACAGUUUGACAUACAUUGUCCUAGCAUACAGAAACAAUUCGAGAAGGAAACAGGGAAGGAUUGGAAAUGGAUUAAGCACAUUCCAAAUGUUGAUCUUGGAGAAAAUUGUUGGGUGAUUCCCACUAUAGCAGCGAGUUACCCAGAUCUGACUUUCUCUAAUUGGGAAGGAAUCUGAUGGACUGAAGUGUGGCGAUUUGAAGAAAUGUAAACUUGGCUUAGGAAGGUGAAAGCAUGGCUUAGAACUUCUAUGUUGCUCCUAUUGAUGGCUAUGUGUUUUGAUCAGAAUUCUUACUAUGAUUUUUUUUAAGCAAUUACAAUUUUAUGAUAGGUUUGCUCCUCCAAACCAGUAAGCAAACUAUGCAUUUUGUGUUGGAUGUUUGUAACUAUAAAUGUUAUACUACCAAUAUUUCACAUAAAUUUAAAUUAUAGUUUUCAUUAAGUAUAACUGAUGGAAAAUGAGGUGAUGUUGAAAUUCUCCAUUGAUAAUAACGUGAUGAGUCUAAAGUGAGAAUACAAA